AUGUCCCUCCCCGUCUUGAAGUCAUUUGGACGUCGACGCUCCAGCGAUGCAAUGUCCAAGGAAGUGAAGCAUCUCGAGGACGUCGACGAAAGUCCUGAAGACUUUGAGGCUCUCCACGAAUAUUAUACGAAGUAUCCCAAUCGUUGGUCCAGGGUUCGUGAGCAUCUCCGGGAGCCCGCUGCAGAGAUGCUGGGGACCAUGAUUCUCAUCUUGUUUGGCAAUGGCGUCGACUGCCAGGUGGUCCUCAGCUCCAACACAGCCGUAUCUGCAACUCCCAAGGGCGACUACCUAUCUCUCAAUUUUGGCUGGGCAUGUGGCGCCGCGCUCGGUGUGUGGGUAUCUGGGGGUGUGACAGGCGGACAUAUCAAUCCCGUGGUGACACUUGCCUUAGCUGUCUUCAGGGACUUCCCGUGGAAAAAAGUUCCCAUAUACAUUUUUGCGCAAAUCUUGGGCGCCUGGAUCGGCUCGCUCAUUGUUUUCGCAAAUUACUUCCAUGCCAUCUACAUCUUCGAGGGAGGGCGGAAGGCACUCUCUGUUCCUGGGACAGCAAGCCUGUUUGCGACAUACGCCUUGGACUAUAUGCCCGCGGCUAAUAGUUUCUUCGAUCAAUUUGUCGGCACAUUCGCCCUGGUGCUUGUCGUCUUUGCAGUAUCGGAUAAACGGAACGGGCCUCCUCCUGCGGGCUUGGUACCAUUGGUCAUUUUCAUCUUCAUCUUAGGGGUCGGCACAGCCUUCGGAAUGCAGACAGGCUAUGCGAUCAACCCGGCUCGUGAUUUAGGUCCCCGGAUCAUGACAGCCAUGGUCGGCUACGGUCGAGAAGUCUUCAACUUCCGCGAUCAGUACUGGCUAUGGUGCCCCAUCCUAGGGCCAAUAGCUGGUGGAUUGGUUGGCGCAUUUGUCUACGACGCACUCAUCUUCCUUGGAGACGAAAGUAUUCUAAAUCGACCGAACGCUGCGGCACGCAAGCAUCACGCUCACGCCUUGAAUGCAGAACGACAGAAGCCAAUCGCAGGUGCGGCUGUCGACGAGAUUGUAUAG